CCCCGGCCCCAGCCCCGGCCCAGCUCCCGCCCUCCUCCCGGCCCGGCUGAGCAGCUGUCGCCCGCGGCCGGUGCAUGUUCGCCAGGAAGCCGGCGGGCGCCGCGCCGUUCGGAGCUAUGCCUGUCCCAGACCAGCCUUCGUCAUCUUCUGACAAGACGAGCUCCCUGAGUCCUGGCUUAACCACCUCCAACGGGGAUGGCUCAGAAACAGAAACCACCUCUGCUAUCCUCGCCUCGGUCAAAGAACAGGAAUUACAGUUUGAAAGACUGACCCGAGAGCUGGAGGCAGAACGCCAGAUCGUGGCCAGCCAGCUGGAGCGAUGCAAGCUGGGAUCGGAGACAGGCAGCACAAGCAGCAUCAGUUCCGCAGAAGAGCAGUUCCACUGGCAGUCGCAAGAUGGUCAAAAAGAUAUCGAAGAUGAACUCACAACGGGGCUGGAGCUGGUGGACUCAUGUAUUAGAUCACUGCAGGAGUCAGGAAUACUUGACCCACAAGAUUAUUCAUCAAGUGAAAGGCCCAGCCUGCUGUCCCAGAGUGCACUUCAGCUCAAUUCCAAACCUGAAGGGUCCUCCUUCCAGUAUCCAGCCAGCUACCAUAGCAACCAGACCCUGGCCCUGGGGGAGACGCCCCCCUGCAGAGCCACACAGGCCCGGGGUGCAGUCCAGAGCUUCAUGCAGGCCUCCAGCAGCCGGCCCGGCCACCUAGGGGGCCCCGAGCCCGCGCCCCCGCCGCCGCCGCCACGGGAGCCGUUCGCGCCCAGCCUGGGCAGCGCCUUCCACCUGCCCGACGCGCCCCCGGCUGCUCUCUACUACUCCAGCUCCACGCUGCCCGCGCCCCCCCGGGGCGGCUCUCCGCUGGGCGCCGCGCAGGGCUCCCCCACCAAGCUGCAGCGCGGGGGCUCGGCGCCCGAGGGGGCGGCCUACGCGGCGCGGGGGGCCUCGCCCAAGCAGUCGCCCAGCCGCCUGGCCAAGUCCUACAGCACCAGCUCGCCCAUCAACAUCGUGGUGUCCUCGGCCGGCCUGUCCCCCGUCCGUGUCACCUCCCCCCCCACCGUGCAGUCCGCCCUGUCCUCCUCGUCGCCCCUGCACCAGCUGAGCUCCAUUGGCACCUACGCCACGCUGUCGCCCACCAAGCGCCUGGUGCACUCCGCGGAGCCCUACGCCAAGCACUCGGAGCUCUAUGCCACCGCCACGCUGCAGAGGCCGGGCAGCCUGGCAGCUGGGUCCCGGGCCUCGUACAGCAGUCAGCAUGGCCACAUGGUCCCCGAGCUUCGGGCCCUGCAGUCCCCAGAGCACCACAUAGACCCCAUCUAUGAAGACCGCGUCUACCAGAAGCCCCCUAUGCGGAGUCUCAGCCAGAGCCAGGGGGAUCCUCUGCCGUCUGCGCACACCAGCACCUACCGCACGAGCACAGCCCCAUCUUCCCCCGGUGUCGACUCCGUCCCCCUGCAACGCACAGGCAGUCAGCAUGGACCCCAGAAUGCCACCACGGCCACCUUCCAGAGAGCCAGCUACGCUGCCGGCCCAGCCUCCAAUUACGCGGACCCCUACCGACAGCUGCAGUAUUGCCCCUCCGUGGAGUCUCCAUACAGCAAAUCUGGCCCUGCCCUCCCACCCGAAGGCACCUUGGCCAGAUCCCCUUCCAUCGACAGCAUCCAGAAAGACCCCAGAGAAUUUGGAUGGAGAGACCCGGAGCUGCCGGAAGUGAUCCAGAUGCUUCAGCAUCAGUUCCCCUCGGUCCAGUCUAACGCUGCAGCCUACCUGCAACACCUCUGCUUUGGAGACAAUAAAAUUAAAGCCGAGAUCAGGCGACAAGGCGGCAUCCAGCUUCUGGUGGAUCUGUUGGAUCACCGGAUGACGGAAGUCCACCGGAGUGCCUGCGGGGCCCUGAGGAACCUGGUGUAUGGGAAGGCCAACGACGAUAACAAGAUCGCCCUGAAGAACUGUGGCGGCAUCCCCGCGCUGGUGAGGUUGCUCCGCAAGACUACGGACCUGGAGAUCCGGGAGCUGGUCACAGGCGUCCUUUGGAACCUCUCAUCAUGCGAUGCCCUCAAGAUGCCCAUCAUCCAGGACACCCUGGCCGUGCUGACCAAUGCCGUGAUCAUCCCCCACUCGGGCUGGGAGAACCCUCCUCUGCAGGACGACAGGAAGAUUCAGCUGCACUCAUCCCAGGUGCUGCGCAACGCCACCGGAUGCCUGAGGAAUGUGAGUUCAGCGGGAGAGGAGGCCCGCAGAAGAAUGAGGGAGUGUGACGGCCUCACCGAUGCUCUGCUCUUUGUGAUCCAGUCUGCCCUGGGGAGCAGCGAAAUAGAUAGCAAGACCGUUGAAAACUGUGUGUGCAUUUUAAGGAACCUCUCAUACCGGCUGGCAGCAGAAACGUCUCAGGGACAGCACAUGGGGACAGAUGAACUGGAUGGGCUGCUGUGCGGCGAGACCAACGGCAAGGAUGCCGAGAGCUCCGGCUGCUGGGGCAAGAAGAAGAAGAAGAAGAAGCCCCAAGACCAGUGGGACGGAGUAGGACCUCUACCAGACUGUGCAGAACCACCCAAAGGGAUCCAGAUGCUGUGGCACCCGUCCAUAGUCAAACCCUACCUCACACUGCUCUCUGAGUGCUCAAAUGCAGACACGCUGGAAGGGGCAGCAGGCGCCCUGCAGAACUUGGCUGCAGGGAGCUGGAAGGGCUGGGCUGAGGAUGUGGCAGGCAUGGCGGAUGCCUUACGUUCACUGCCAGAGGGGGCUCCCUGCCUGCCACAGUGGUCCAUCUACAUCCGAGCGGCCGUACGCAAGGAGAAAGGCCUGCCCAUCCUGGUGGAGCUCCUGCGAAUAGACAACGACCGAGUGGUGUGUGCGGUGGCCACGGCGCUGCGGAACAUGGCCCUGGAUGUGAGGAACAAGGAGCUGAUUGGCAAGUACGCCAUGCGGGACCUCGUCCACAGGCUCCCGGGAGGAAACAACAGCAACAGCACCGCAAGCAAGACCAUGUCGGAUGACACAGUAACCGCUGUCUGCUGCACCCUGCACGAGGUCAUCACCAAGAAUAUGGAGAAUGCCAAGGCCUUACGGGAUGCUGGUGGCAUCGAGAAGCUGGUGGGCAUCUCCAAAAGUAAAGGAGACAAACACUCGCCCAAAGUGGUCAAAGCUGCGUCUCAGGUCCUAAACAGUAUGUGGCAGUACCGAGAUCUGAGGAGUCUCUACAAAAAGGACGGAUGGUCCCAGUACCACUUUGUCGCCUCAUCAUCCACCAUCGAGAGGGACCGGCAAAGACCCUACUCCUCCUCCCGCACACCCUCUAUCUCCCCCGUGCGUGUGUCUCCUAACAACCGCUCAGCAAGUGCCCCAGCCUCACCUCGGGAAAUGAUCAGCCUCAAAGAAAGGAAAACAGACUACGAGUCAACAGGCAGCAAUGCCACCUACCACGGAGGUAAAGGAGAACACACUUCCAGGAAAGACACCAUGACAGCUCAAAAUACUGGAAUUUCAACUUUGUAUAGGAAUUCAUAUGGUGCACCUGCUGAAGACAUCAAACAUAACCAGGUUUCCACACAGCCAGUCCCACAGGAGCCCAGCAGAAAAGACUACGAGACCUACCAGCCAUUUCAGAACUCCACCAGAAACUACGACGAAUCCUUCUUCGAUGACCAGGUCCACCACCGCCCACCCGCCAGCGAGUACACCAUGCACCUGGGACUCAAGUCCACCGGCAACUACGUGGACUUCUACUCAGCCGCCCGCCCCUACAGCGAACUGAACUAUGAAACGAGCCACUACCCCGCCUCCCCCGACUCCUGGGUGUGAGGUGGGCCAGGCGCUCCCGGGAACCGUGCAUGUGCAUGACUACCACGAGACAUUGCUUUUCUUUUCUUUUUGUUCUUUCCUUUUCCUUUGUUUGUUUUCCCUUCUUUUCUUUUCUCCCCCUGCAAAUUUAGUUGGUUCCAAGCCUGUUCCCUAGGAAGGCUGUGAUAACCAGUAAGGAAACAUUCCGAGCUCUUGAAGAAAGCUCAGUGAGUCAAGAGCUGACUUGGAAGUGGGUAGGAAGCUGAUGCGGUCCUCGGGAGGACAUGUUGCAAGGCCCUUCUAGUUUGAGCCGUAGGGUACAAAGAGUGCUUGACGUUGAACUUGACUGGAGGCAGCAGAGGAGGUUGGAGUGGGUGGGUGGGUGGGGACAGUGCAGGUCCCCCACACUAAGCACAAGAGGCAGAGGUUGUUCGCACACUGUCGGGGGACAGUUUCUCACACUUUGUUUACCUUCUCCAUCCGUUGUGAUUCUAGGCUUCCAGUUGCAUUGGAGUUCCUCUGUACAGCAAGAUGUCUCUUGCCUUUUGUUCAUGCAUCGUUGUAAAGUAUUUGAUGUACAUUACAGAUUAAAGGAGAGAAGCGCAUUGUGUAUAUUACACCAAUGCCGCAGUGCUUCUUCAUCUAUGGUUCUAAAUAUUGCUUCAAUUUCAAACUUUUGAAAGAUGUAUGGAUUACCAGAUUCCUCUUCCUCCCCUCCCCCCACCUGUUUUGUUUUUGGUUUUGUUUUCUUUCUCCUGGUAUGUUUUAACAACAACAACAAAAAUGGGGAAAAAAGGAAUAUUUAGCAGUAUUGUUCGUUCCGAUAUGUGAAUUUGUUUGUGGUAACUAAACAAGGCAUACAGCAGUUUCUGACAGUUCACAUCCAUCACUCCACACUCCUUGUCAAAAAAGUGCUUUUUCACUGCCUAAAAUUUUAGAUGUAGAUAUUUGAAAUAGAUUUUUUUUCAUUUAUACCAGUUUUCUUUAUGAUGAUACAGUGUUAAAAGAAAAUAAAUCACAAUUGAUCUGUCA